UGCCGGGGCCAGCUGGGCGAGCUCCAUGGUUGUCCAUCUCUAUUAUGUGGGGAUUUUCAUUGUUUAGUGGUGCUGUGUCCAAAAUAAUGCACAAAUAGAACGCAAAAGGCUUUGGGAGAAGAGAAUUAAUUCGUAGAAAUGGCUACGCUAGUCAAGCCCAAAAAGGAGAAGACGAAAAAACAGCGAAGCGACAGGCAGAUUCCAAAAGAGGAAGAGGAGGAAACUGCUCAGUUAUCAACAAGUAACGAUGAACAAAGAGAGGAGGCGCCGGAGAAUGUAUCGCUGCUGGAGGAAUUGGAACGGGUAGCCGCUUUGGCCAGCAGCAGCAGUGGCGCGGACAUAAUUAGCCACGACUGUUGCAUUUCCAGCGAUGUGAGGGAGCAACCCGAGGAAAGCGUCGCAGAGGUGGAACCGGAAGUUGAAACUCAAAUUGAAACCGAACCAAAUGCCCCAAGUGCCCCACCCUCGACCACCAAUGUCGUGCCUCACAUUGUGCAGUAUCCCAAUCUGCUGCCGAUGCAUGUCUCCAAUGCCCAAGUAGAGGAGCAGAGUGCAAAGAUUGUCUACCGAUUGCAGUCGGAGACACAAGCCUCGGGUUUUGCUCUGGCCAGGAGCAAUGUGAAGCCCCUUAGCGAUGAGCAGCUGCGUCAAAUCUACAACUGCCCCGAUCUGGAGCUGGCAAAGCAAUUUGAGCUGGAGUUCCUUAUGAACUCGCUGCUAGAGUCCAGCGAGGCCGAUCCCUUGUACUCAGCCCUGCAAGAGUACUACGAGCUACAAGGCAAGAUCACCUCGAACUUGCACGACGUAAAAAAGUGGCGCAAAAACUGCGGAGUAUCGCAAAGACAAAUCUGGAAAAAAGAGUCCGUGACACGAAGCUUUAGUGGUACUUGCGGAGAUGGGAAUGUAGUGCAAGAGAACGUCACAUUCGAAAUCAUACAGGUUGAUCCGGUGAAGCUUGAGUUGGCCAAAACCUCUCUAACAAGCCUUUACGACCUGGUCUGCCACACGUACACUAACAACCUGAUCACCGCCAAGAUAACCAAAGUGAAGGUCGACCAAAUUAUCAACGACUUGCUAUCUUAUCCCCAUGCGGAUGGCCCGCAGGAGAUCUCCUUGAACAAACUCCAAUCUGGAGCGGCCUUGGAGUGUGUUUCCCAGUUGCGAAGAGCCAUCUCCAUACUGUUCUGUUUCAUAAGGCGACCCAGUCCAAAUGCGAAUUUCGACACAGACCUAAAGCAAUGGCUGCGUCAACUAAUUGCCUUGCAAUUGAUUCUGGCCACCAGAGAGGAUCACUGGUUCCUGCUCUUUAAUAUUUUGCGUUGCCCCAAUGGCGUAGGCUCCUGGGCCGCCCAGUUUUUACAGCUGCCGGGAAUGCAGAUUGCUCCACGCAGCUCUCAGAAAAAUGACCUGCCGUUGGAUCUAAACUCCCCAGAACUGAAUCACUGCAUGGCUGUGCUUCAGAUCCUGCUGAUGCCGGUGAAAAAGAGAAACGAAUACCUAAAGGGCCAGGCACAAGCGCAUCGCGAGCUUUCAGAGGCAACAGGUACCACCGAACGGUGGAUCGUGGUCGACUCCGAUGGGGAGGACUCGCACACACCAGCUGGGGAAUGCAUUGGAUUGAAGGAAAGCGAUCUAAUUGCUUUGCUGAACCAACUGCCGUUUGAAAAGAUCUUUAUAUCGGCCAUGCGCAUAGAGAAGUUUCUAGACGACUACAUCCUGGAACCGGACAUGAUCACUGCCCAGAGCAUGCUGGCUGUGGUGGUGUUCUUUUCCCAGUUAGUCAAGAUACUGGGAGAGGGACUGCUGACUUACAACAACGAAAGAUACAAGCAACUGGCCAAGAGACUGGGUCGUUUAGUGCGCCACACUCUACAGUAUAUCUUCGACUACAACGAACUGUUUCUAAACAACAACAGACCCAAAUCGACCGAGCUGUUCGAACGUAUUCAAGUGGAACUGCAGGCUCUGCUUAUCCGAGCUUGCGGUUACAUUUACCGCACUCGCAAUCUGGGAACCUGGCAGUACUUCUCCACCCUACCCUUUGGCACCUUGGACACCGAGGUUGUGUGGCACCUGUUCUACUACCUAAACGUGGGCUUCCCCAUCGAUUUGUCAAACGAUUUGGUCGGCAAUGCCGAGGCUGCCUUCCAGUCGGAUGACUUUUGGGCUAAGUUUGAUUUGGCCAACGCGGACGUGGCUCCGGACGACAUGUACUAUCUGCUGCAGACCUUCUUCGAGAUGGCCAACGACCGCAAUCGCAGUAAAGACGCCAACUUAGUCAAAGCCAUCUGCCUUCACAUUUUUCACAUCGGCUAUAUACAUCGCUCGACGCGGGAGUUUUGCUACAAGGCGGCGCGAGAUAUGUUGGUCAACUUGAUGGACGAAAACCUGAUGGGCUGCCUGCUGGUGCAGAUUAAGAUGCGCUACGGGGAGGUGGACCAGGCGGCGUAUCUGUUCAAGGCACUGCCCCUUGAAAACUGGCAUCCUAGCAUGGACAGCUUCGAGGUUCUUUCCAAUUGGCUUCUCCACUUUGAUUAUCAGUCCUCGGAGAGCCACUUGGCCCGUCUAAUUAUCAGUCAUUUGAAUUGGGGUCUGGACGUGGAGGGUCGUCUCUUCCUGCCCCACAACAUUCAUGUUCGGAUGGCUCACCUGGUGAACGAGGCCUUAAACAAGUUUGCUCCCGAAGUAAUUGGCGCUUCCGGAAUCUCUGAGAGCGUGCGCCAAGUCUCCUCGCUGAUCGACUCCACCCAGACGAGUCGGGAGCAGUUCACUAACUGGUGCUGGCGUAUGAUCUCCCUGCUGCGGCUGCAUCUUAUGGACCAAGGGGUGGAGUCUGUGAAGAGAACCCUCUUGCAUCCCACGGAACCACUAAUGUUUAUACCCGAGCUGGAGCGCAUGGACAUAAUAUUCCAAGGGGUCACGGAGAAUCGCCCGCUGGCUUUGUAUGUGGGCAUGCUGGUCAGUUUGCAUGGCCAUUCCAUUCCCCUCAUCUGCCAGCACGGAUUCAACCUGCUGCAGCAACUACUGCUGGAUCACAGACACGCAGCCACCAUUCGAUGCCUUGAGCUAAUUGUGCCCUUAUUUUUAGAAACUCCUGAAAGCCUUAGGGGCUUCGGACUCGAUUACGAAGCCCCUGAUUGA